CCGAUGUGGCUUGACCCGCGACAAUGGCUUCAAAUAUCCUCCAGUUCCCAUUUCGACGCUCCCACACCGUCUCCCUAUCCGAUGCCAUCACGCAGUACAUCUCGUCGAAAUAUGACCAGCGCCCGGAUAUGUUCGCGGACGAUCUUUUGAUCAUUGAUCGUUUGCGGGAUGAGGCUAUUAAUGUGCUGGAACCCCAUGUGAGCGGGAUUAGCCGGUUGGUUACGUACGCCGCGCAGUUGAAGUGGCUGGGGGGGAAGUUUCCGGUUGAUGUCGGGGUGGAAUUCCCUUGGUUUCCGGCGUUUGGGCUCAAUACGUCGCGGCCAGUCUCGCAGAACAAUAUCCGCUUUGAACUGGCGAACAUCAUCUUCAACCUGGCGGCACUGUACUCGCAGCUGGCGUUCGCAGUGAAUCGCACGACGGCCGAUGGGCUCAAACAGGCUUGCAACUACUUCUGCCAGGCGGCGGGGAUUGUGGUGCACUUGCGCGCGGAUAUACUCCCCGAUCUUCGCACGUCGCCGCCGGAUGACAUGGACGAGAUGACGCUGCUGAGCUUGGAGAAGCUGCUGCUGGCGCAGGCGCAGGAAUGCUUCUGGCAGAAGGCUGUCAAGGACGGGUUGAAGGACGCCUCGAUUGCUCGGCUGGCUGCGGUCGUGUCGGACUUUUAUGCGGAUGCUGGCGCCCACGCCGUCAAGUCGAAUGCGAUCAGCCCUGAGUGGAUCCACCACAUGACCGCGAAGCAUCAUCAUUUUGCUGCGGCGGCGCAGUACCGACAGUCGUUGGAUUGCUUGGAGAAGCGCAAGUACGGCGAGGAGGUCGCGCGCCUCCGGGACAGCGUGGCGUGCGUCGAUGAAGCGCUGAAGGAGUCGCGGUGGAUCAACCGGACCGUGCUUGGAGAUCUGCAAGGGUUGAGAAACCGAGUGACGGAUGAUCUGAGACGGGCGGAGAAAGACAACGACGUGAUCUACCUUCACCCGGUGCCUCCGAAAUCGGAACUGAAGCUGCUUGAUCGUGCGUGCCUCGUCGCGGCCAAGGCACCAUCGCAGGUCACGGAUGCGAUCUCCAUGCUGGGGGAUAAUGGGCCUUUGGGGCAGCCGUUGUUCUCGAAAUUGGUCCCUUACGCUGUCCACAUCGCGGCGAGCAUCUACUCGGACCGUCGGGAUCGGUUGGUCAAUGAGACGAUCAUUGGCGAGCUGGAGACCAUGACAGACAAGCUGCGGGAUUUGCUGUCGUCGCUGAACCUCCCCGGGUCGCUGCAGGCACUCGAAAAGCCGCUUGGGCUACCACCGACCUUGGUGUCGCACGCGGAAGAAAUGCGCCAACAAGACGGCUUCUACCGGCUCCGUCGAUCCAUUGAAGACACCGCCACAGUGAAGGCGAACGACCAGGCUGUAUAUAACGAGGGCGUGGAGCUUCUCGCGGCAGAGAAGGCCGAAGACGAUGCUUCGCGCCGGCGAUAUGGGACGGAACGAUGGGCUCGGGACUCGUCCGAGGCGGCCGCCGCGAAGCUGUACAAAACGUCCGGGGAAAUCGACGGCUACUUCACGUCGGCGCAAAGCAGCGAUAACCUCGUGGAACAGAAGCUCCGUGACUCGGAGGCCGUCUUCAGGGUACUCACCGGUACCAACCGUGACCUGGAGAUGUACGUUCCCAGCAGUCGGAGAGCGGCCAUUCCCCCGGAGGUCGAACAUGAAUCUUCUCGACUCCGCGGAUGUUUGAGCGAGGUUAGCCGGCUAGAGAGCCGACGGAAGCGACGCGCACAAGCCUUGAAAGAUAAGGCGCGGUCGGAUGAUAUCAGUCGGGCUCUUCUUCGAGAAGCUGCCAGGCUGGAACGCGAGUUCCCAAUGCAGCCGAUCUCGGCAGGCCAAUUCGAGGAGCUAUUCGAGGACCAGCUGCGCGCGUACGAUACAGACCUCGCCAUGGUCGCGCAGGAGCAGCACGACCAAGACCAGAUCGCGGCGCAAGUCCGGGAAGCGAACCGGGCAUUCACGCGGGCGCACACUGGCGACGCCUCGACCAAGGAGCGAGAGAAGGCGCUACAGGAGCUGGAAAAUGGCUACCUCAAAUACAAGGAGAUCAUCUCCAACAUCGAAGUCGGACGGAAAUUCUACAACGACCUGGCCAAGAUCGUCGGGCGAUUCCGCGACGACUGCAAGUCAUUCGUGCAUCAGCGCCGAAUGGAAGCGAGCCAGAUGGAGUCGGACAUCUCCAGCGUGACAGCCAUGGCAUCACUGAACAUCUCCCCACCACACCUCCGACCUUACAAUAACGCGCCACCAGCUCAGCCCAUCCCCCAGCCGGCACCACAGCCCGCACCACAACCCCCGCCCCAGGUGGUGCACCCACCUGUCCAGCCACCUGUUCAACCCCCGCCGGCGGCACGAUCAGAGCCCCUCACGGCACCGCAGCCGACUCGAGCGAACCCUCGACCGCCGAUGGCGCCCGGGAUGUGGAAUCCCGAGAUGGGCAUCCGCUUCGGCGGACAGCCUGGGACGUGGGAUCCCAGUAAGGGAGUGAAGUUUUCUUAGAC